CUAAAAUCAGUAUAUGUCAGUAGCUUUUUUUCAUGUAUUUCUAUGAGAGAAUUUAUGAUCAGUAUGACAAUGCUCCAUCACGAGAUUUUUUAUUUAACAUGGCUGCAAGAAGCUGAUGAUCUAUCAAAUUCGCGACAAAACGUAUUCGCAAGGCACGCUAUUAUACCUAAAUAAAGUAUUAUUUUCUUUGUCUGUCAGUGCCGUGUUAUUAAUUUUUAUGCAAGUGAAUAAAAGUGGACUUAUGCGUAGUGAAAUAUUUUAUUCCUUAUACAAGUGCCAGCAAUUCAGUAAGUUCAUGGUUAGGCUUUCACAUUGUCGAACUUCUAUGAAUGUUUCUAGGAACCAAGUGCGUGCUGUCCGACAAAUUAUCACUUGUGUUUUUCAUUAAUUGUUUUAGUAAUCUAUAACAUUUUUGAGUGCGCUAGUUAAAGUUUUACUCAACAUGGCACGACCCACUGCCUCAGCACAAUGUGAUUCUGUUGCAUCCUACAUGGAUGGAGUUCAUGUCAAAAUAGCAGAGGCCUACAAACCGCCAAGGAAGAUUGCCUUGCCUGCAGCAUACAAUAAUAAGUUACCUGAUGUGUCUAAACACACAUAUGACUUCAGCCUGGAGAAGUCUGUGCUGGAAAAGAAUGGCGAAAGAUGAGAAACGCGAACAAUGAAGCCCAUCGUAUUCGUCUGGAGGAAAAGAACAGAAAGGAUGAAGAAGAUUCUCCUCCGGCACCGCCACCACCACCUGAGACGGUAAAGCAAUUACCGGUUAAGGUACCACCAGCUCCUGAAACAACGAUACUCACACCGCAACCCCUAUCUCCACCAGCCAAUGACCUCCAAGAUCUUGUGAAAUCUAAUGGACUAGAUCUCCGAGAUUUUGACAAUGACACCAGUAGUCCUUUUGAUAAUAUGGAGUUGAAAACUAUCAAUGAUAUGGAAGAGCUUGCUCAGGUACUGCAACCAACAGCACAGUGGGUUCCUCCAGCAAAAUUAGAAAAUAUCCUCAAAGAAUUAACAUUGGAAGAGCCACAAGAGGAAGAGAAGGAAAAACAAACAAAGAUGCAGGGAGAUAAUCAGGAACAGGAAGACAAACGGAACGAUUCUAAUAAACGUAGCGUUUCUAUAAUUGUCCAGGAACUUCAGCGAGAAUUAGCACGACCUAUAAUGGAGAACUGGAAGCCAUGGCCAGAUCUGGAGAGUCCGGACUGUGAUACAGGAAUCUCUAUCACGAAACAAGACAACUCUACGUGCACCAGCUUCUCAAAACUGUCCAACCCUCUCAUGGAUCUUUCGGAAGAGAAUCAAAAGCUAGCGAAACACCUCAGCGACAUGGGUUUCCCAUUGUCCAGGGCGGCACGAGCUAUAAACGACCUCGGUGGUCAGGAUAACAAGAAAGUAGUGGAAUAUCUACUAGCCGUACAAUCACUGGAAGAGUUUGGAAUCUCAGGUGAUGAUGCUGAGAAGGCUCUAGCCUUGACACAAUACGAUCAAGACAAGGCAAAGGAGUACUACGAGAAUUUACGCACCCUGAGGGAUCUGGGUUUUCCUGAAGACAAAGCAUCCUUAGCGUUACUAAAGUGCAACAUCGAUAGGGAUCGAGCCCUAGACUUUCUAGUCGCUUAGUGUCUACAGAUGCCUGGUGCUCUCGUAAGCUACCAUGUAAUGUGAAGAAUAUACAGUGCUGAAGGACACUGUUAUACACGAUGAAACAUCUAAAUGAAUAAGACUGCAUACUGUGAGCCUAUAGUACGCGUAUCCAAGGGCCAAGCCUUCGUCUCGAAUUCCUCCAUGUCGAAAAAUUUUUUUUUUCGCAUAACUAUUGAGGCUGCUAAAAUUUUUGUGAAGACAAGACGAUGAGAUAUCGAAUACAAUAAGGUAAGAGUCGUUUCAAUAAAUAUUAAGGCUGAUUAAUCUUGUUGCAUUUGUACAUUCGACAAUCUUGUACAUAAUAAAUUGAUUAUAAAUAA